UGCCAUUUUAUUCCGCCUGUACCUUGUUGCUAAUUCUGUGGAUCUCACUGUCUAGCUCUCAGUUGCUUCUGGUAACUCUGGAAGGCAUGCUAGAAAAUUCUGCCCCAUUGUGUUUCUGCAGACCUACUUCAUUCUGUCACAAGAAGAGGAGUUAAACUUUGUCGAAACUGACUUUGUCUUACCUCUUUGAAUUGACGCUUUGUCCACGGAUCGUCCUUUUGGGGACUGUUGGAUCUGCUGCUUUUGUUCUUUUCUUCUGACAUUGAUCCUAGAGCCUGACCGUUUAAGGCCAUGUCUCAGAAGCUGACUCCUGACAGCGCUCAGAAAGGCUUUGCCGUAGGCCGUGGUCUCUUGGCCGCAGCCGAGACCUUGAAUUUCAGUAUGAGCGAACCUCGUUCAGAUAGCCUCUAUGGCUCCUCCUCUCGGCCACUGGGUGGAAUGUCUGGGGCCUUGGAUGCUGGCGACGGAAAAGAUCACGACUCCCAGCUGCCCCGCCGCGGGGGCAGCCACCUUAGCAAUACUAUGAAGCUGUUCACUAGCCUGGGUCUGUCGCCCACCGAUCUCGACGUAUUGGCGCAGGUCCCCGAGGAAAACAUCAACGUGGAGACGCUGCCUCACCUUAUCAUGCAGCUUAAAAACCGUAAGAUGGAGGCCAGCCGCCGUAUGGCGGGCGACCACCGAGAGCUAACGUCCAUCUCCCCAGACCAGUCAUACCGAGGAGGCAGAGAUGACUGGGGGGACAUGCAGGGCGACAGAAUGGAUUCUUCCAACAGACAGACCUCAAUGCGUGGCCCCCAGGUCGACUUCGGUUAUAGUUCCAUGCAAGACAUCCCCGCUAGAGGGUACGAAAUGAUAGAUUAUGGCAACAGCAGUGGCGGCGGUGGCGGCGGCAGAGACCGUCAGUAUUCUGAGCUUUCCCACGAUCGCUACUGUGGCGUCAGCAUGGCUCCUUCAGCGGCGACUGAAGGUGUCUUUAUGCAGAGAAGGAUGGGCUCCCCUUCCCCGGGGAAAGUGCAGGACUUCUUGGGAGUAAUGCCCCACAUGUUCCCUCAUGUGUGCUCCCUUUGUGAUUUUGAUGUUCAUUCUAUGAUGGAGUGGACAGAGCACACCAACGGGAUACGACAUGCAGAGAACCGGAGAGUGCUUCUACAAGUAUAUCCUGACUGGGAUCCACAUAUGCCCACGACCAGAGGGCCCAAGCCACUUUUAUUGGAUACCAAGAGCCCCUCAGAUGGAUUACUGGGGCCUGCCCCUUUGGUUGGAGGGAUGCAGAGAACAGGGAUGACCUCCAGCUGGGGGUCUGAUUCAGGCCUUGGAAUGGGAAACAAAAUGCAGCCACAGUCCAUGCAACCAAAGAUAAGAAGUCGGGUGGUGGUUGCAAAAUAUGACAGAAAACCCCUGUCAUCCAACAGCUUAUUUGCAUUGGCUAAACCCUUUGGCACCAUUCGUGAGCACCUUGUGCUAAAGAACAAGGCUUUCCUAGAAUUGAAAACCCAUGAAGAAGCUUUGGCCAUGGUCAGUUAUUACCAACGGAAGCCUGCUCUGCUUUAUGGAAAAGAAAUUCAAAUUUACCUGUCGAAAGAGCUUCUGGUAAUUGAGAAGUCUGGCCGACCAGAUAAAGACAUGCGAAACGCCAAGGAAAGAGAAAGUCAGGUCGUGUUCUUCUCUAAUCUGCCCAGAGAGACUGAGAAGAAGAUGGAACUGCUUACUAUAGCACGCCGCUUUGGCACUGUGGAGAAACACUUGUUCUUAAACGAUCAGGCAUUUGUACAAAUGGCAAAUCCUGAAGAUGCUGAGAUGCUAGUUAAGUAUUACACUUUACACUCACUGACCAUCGGCCGUAGGAACAUCCGUCUGAACAUCUGCACCAAGUACAAGACCCUAACGGUUCCUCCUGGUAAGGGCGGCCAGGGAAGACAAGACUCCAACAGAAAGAGCGGUGGCGGCGGCUCCGGUUCCAGAGCCUCUUCAAAGUCCCAGAGGUCUUCAUCUGUGGGCUCCAGGACCAAAGACAUCUCGGCUGAGAGAGCAGACAAAUCUGAGGCCCAGGGCGAAGGUACUGGAGAAGAGGUGGCAGGCGUGAUGGAAGCCGAUGAGGAGGAGGGUUAUGAGAGAGACCCCGCUUUGGAGGAGAUGGACGACUCCGCCGCCGAGGCUGACCAAGCGAUGACGGCGCAGCUGGACGAGACGGAGACUCCCGGGACGGAAGAGGACGCUGGCCCAGAGACGGCUGAGGACGGCACGGGCGACGCCUGCGAGGAAGACUCCACGGAGAAGGCGGAGGAGGCUGACUCGGGUCAGGACAAUGCGUUUGAGGGACGUGCUGACGAUGAGGAUCAGACCGACCAAGCCGAAUCCACAGAGGCAGCUGAUGAGUCAGAGGCUCCUGAUAACACACAGCAGACUGAGGACGAGAACGAUGCAGAGGCCUCAACAGAGCAGGAGGGUGCCACAGAGCCAGAUUUUCCAGAGAACAUGGAUGAGUUCGUGACUCUGGAUGAGCUGGCCGACGAGGAGGAGGCUGACAGACACGAGCAUUCCAAAGCUUCCAAAGACUCUUCAAGAAACUCAAAGGCGAGUGGCGGUUUGAGGGUUGUGAACGUGGUGGGGUUUAAGCGAGGAUACGGCUAUCUCGAUGAAAUCCUGGCGUUGGCCAAGCCGUUCGGCAAAGUGGUCCGACACUUGGUACUGGAUGUCAGGCCAGAGGCUUUUCUGGAACUUUCCAAUGAACAAGAAGCCAGAGCGAUGGUCAGUUUCUAUAGCAGCAAUGUCAUACCAUCUGUGUGUGGUAAACCAGUGAAAAUUUACCAUUCACAGACAUACGCCACAAUCCAGAGCGGCAAAGUCAUCUAUAUCGGGCAGAUUCCACACUUCAAAACAUCAGACGCUUCCCUCCUGAAAAUCGCAGAGCCGUUUGGAAAAAUCAGACGUUAUUUCCUAAAUCGAUUGCGUAACGAGUGUUUUAUUGAGAUGGAAAGGGGAGAGGAUGCAGAGAGAAUGGCUGAAGCCUAUAAAGACAAUCCACCAAAGUUCCAAGGCAAAAGACUCAUCGUGUACGUGAGCAGGAAAUAUAAACAGCUCAAACAUGGGCAUAGACCUCCAUCGCCUGAGCCUGAAGAAAAGGAACCUUGUAAGAGGAAGCGUUCUGAGGACGAGAGAAGCGUCCAGAGCGACUCGGCCUCCAAAGGCAACAGCACUAAGGACGACGAGCCUCCGGUCAAAAAGGUGAAAGAGGAGAAGGCCUCGGUGGAUAAGAAGGAGAAUGUGGAGAACCAAGAGGAGAAAGAGAACAAGGAGGUGCUUAACGAAACCAGCCUGAAGAAGGAGGAAGUGGAGGAGUCGAUCGCAGACACCACCGACACCCAGAAAACAGAGACUGUAACGGUUGUUAAGGAGGAGGAGGCUAAAGCGCCAUCUGCUGCUGAUGUUAGUGAAAAGACCGUGGAAACGGAGGCGGUUGCCAGCACAUUAACACAACCUGAGAAGAAACCUGAGGCCUCCCCUUUCACUCUUGGGCCUUAUGAUCCAAACAACCCAGUGGGUGUGGAGUAUGUGAAGAUGGGUUACUACUGCAGGGUGUGUUUCCUCUUUUAUUCUAAUGAGGAGACAGCAAAGAAGGUUCACUGCAGCAGUCAGGCACACUACACUAAACUCAAGAAAUUCUUGGAAAAAGAGAAAACCAAGACACAGAGCAACGCUGGAAAAAAAUGAUUUUCAAACAGUUGAAGACAACAUCGUUCAGUAUUCGAUGCAAAAUAGGCCUUGAUUGUGUAUGGAUGUAUAUGAGAAGUUAUUUUUUUGGUUUUUAAUUUUGUUUGUUUCCUAAUUUUUGGAGUUUUAAGAGUUUUUUUGCCUAUAAAUGAUAGCUAAAAGAAAAUACUUCUCUCCCACAACUUUUUUUUUUUUACUGUAAGAUGGACUAUCUCAGUCUAAACAUGAAAAAUGUCCUAUUUUGUUUGCCUUCUGUUUACAUACCGUUGCCCAUUCGAUUUUGUGAUUAUUACUGCAUUUUUAAAAAUGUAUUGUAGACAUUAAAAUGUCAGAAUUCACUACA